CUGUCCAUGUCCAUGCAAUUAAAAGCCUCGUUGAGUCCAUGUGUUUGUCUUCAUCUCCAUGACUCGGAUCGAUCAUCGAUAGGGCUGGAUAACACGAGGACGAUUCCAAUUUCUAGAAAAGCAUUUCCUUCAGCCCAAGCUGAUCCAUAUCCUCUGGUCUCUCGACGUUACAUACCAUGACCAUCAUUACAUCCCCACCUCAGAGCCCAAUUUCGGGUGGUCCGCUACCUCAAUACGGGUAUGGCUCUGAUCAUACUUUUGAUCGCCUUAUCCAGGACAACCAUUUCUUGUUUCGUGUAUAUACUCCGAAGCAACGCUCUCCAUUCUUUGAUUCUACUGAGCCCUACUUUGUAGGCCAGAAGUACAACGAGCAAUUUAGAGAGGCUGCAGAGCGGCUUCGACAGCCGUUUACAGGCAAGCCAGUAGCUUCAACGAGCAGUUAUGCAGAUGUUGCCCAGCACAUGGACUGGACGCAGAGACACAUGUCCCCUUACAUCUCGACUACGUUCAGCUUUGCCUGGGCUAUUUGGGAGGCUACCCGUAGGUACCGGGUUGGUCUCAAGCACGACAUUGAAAUCGCCAUUAUCGAUGCACGUCAGCUCGCCGGUCGAGCUGCGACCGCCCUGGAGCUACUACGAAAGGGCACACCCAAUGAAAGGCAUCUGGACUACUGGAAGUGGUACAGAUUCGCAUUGGAGUCGCAAGACGUCCUUGUUCAUGGAUCUAUCCCCGGUUCGGCUGUUCUAGCCUCAGUCCCCCUUCUAAGCAUCAUCGACAAACUCCCGUCAUACUUCCUCCGCCAAGACACCAUGGUUGAUAAGAGGUCGUCUUCGUCGCAGUUUAAUAUCCUAUCAUGGGAUACAAUGGAUCGCAAGCCUAGUUUCCGCCAGUUCUGCCAAGAUAUGUCGGAUCAGUUCUUGCACCUUCCCACUGAGCAUCGUCUUCGCGAUGCAACUGGAAGCUCCGUUCGCUUGGCAAUGGCAUUUCUGCGUCCCUGGUUCCAUAGCGUUGUCGUGGACGAUUUCACCGAAGCUACCGAGACAGUAUGCAGCCUUGCAUUCAUAAUCGCACAAUGGCCAGCCCAGUGGUGGUCACGAGACCACGUCGAGAUGUGGGACGUCAUUCGCUCCCUCGUCCAAUCAGUUGGUGAAGAAGUUCGAGAGAAGCAGAAGGGGAUAGCGAUCGAAGAGGUCCGGAGAUUGCAAGGGGUAGUCUCCGACCUCGAACGUGUUGUACAGGACUACGAAGAGGCCGAAGUUGCUUCAUCAGUCGAUCUCAAGAACGACGUGAUGGAAGCCGAGGUCGAAGGAUCCGUUGUUAUGCCUCCCUCACCCCCCGCGUCUAUCGUCGAUUUCCCAGCCGACGAAGACACCCUUGUCUUAGCGCUACCACCAUUUACUGUCCCGACAUCUAUUUCGCAGGCUGCUGUUGCUGUUGCAGCUACACCUGGUUCCGAGAGUUCGGAUAGCAAUCAGUCGAAGACACCCACCCUCAUUUUUGCCCCUACGAUUGUCAUCCACCAAGAACAACAGCGGUCCGUCGCGGAGCAGACUCAGCUUAUACCACAAUUGGAACCACCGCAUGGAGAACCGCAGCGACACCCAAAGCGCCGGCCGCAUUCGUUGGCCGAGACCGCGACAUGCAUCGUCACGGGGCUACUUGUUGGCGCUUUCAUAACUAUUUGUAUAGUCAACUCUCAAAGACGUACCCUCAUCUAUGUUACGUAGGGCUCAGGGCCAAUUGGACGAGAUGGGAAUAGCGCAAGGGAGAAGAAGUGUUGUAAGAUGUGACCCGUGAAGUAAAGAAGAUUGUAUCGUUACAGUAUAACCUAUUAGAUAUCUAUGCGCCGCAGUUAUAAUUC